UUUGCAUUUAUUAACAUGUAUCUGUUUUUUUUUUUUUGCUUACAGGUUGUCGGUAACAAAGUCGUAAUGAGGGAUCAGUUGAGCGUGCGAGGUGGCCAGCUGAAGGUCAAGUACCUGUAUGAAGACUCAACCAAUAACCGGAAAAUCAACGCUAUAACCACAGCUGUCAUUCAGAACGCUGGGAGCACUGGCCAGACGCCCACCAAAACCACCGUCUCCACCCUGUCCAAGGAUCACAGUGCGGACAGCUCUGACUCCAGUAAGGGCUCCACUGAAUCAUCUGGAUCACAAGGAGCUGGGAACGGCGGCAAACUCUGCAACACCCUCAAUCCCGAGCAGGCUCUGAGACUCUACCGGUCCCAGCUGACCACCCUGGAGCACACCGAGAUCCAAGCAUACCCGGAUAUCUACUUCGUGGGACCCAACGCGAGGAAAAGGCCUGUCGUUCCCGGCGGAAACAACAACUGCGGCUACGACGACGAGCAGGGCGGCUACAUUCAUGUCCCUCACGACCACCUGGCGUACCGCUACGAGUUCCUGAAGAUCAUCGGUAAGGGUAGCUUUGGACAGGUGGCUAAAGUCUACGACCACAAGCUGCAGCAGCACCUGGCCCUCAAGAUGGUGCGCAACGAGAAGCGCUUCCACCGGCAAGCGCAGGAGGAGAUCCGCAUCCUGGAGCACCUGCGCAAGCAGGACCGCAACGGCGCCAUGAACGUGGUGCACAUGCUGGAGAACUUUACCUUCCGCAACCACAUCUGCAUGACCUUCGAACUGCUCAGCAUGAACCUGUACGAGCUCAUCAAGCGCAACAAGUUCCAAGGCUUCAGCCUGCCGCUGGUCAGGAAGUUUGCGCACUCCAUCCUGCAGUGUCUCGAGGCGCUGUCCCGGCACAGGAUCAUCCACUGCGACCUGAAACCUGAGAACAUCCUGCUCAAGCAGCAGGGCCGCAGCGGCAUCAAGGUGAUUGACUUUGGCUCCAGCUGCUUUGAGCACCAGCGGGUCUACACCUACAUCCAGUCCCGCUUCUACCGGGCUCCGGAGGUGAUCCUCGGCUCGCGCUACGGCCUCCCCAUCGACAUGUGGAGCUUCGGCUGCAUCCUGGCCGAGCUGCUGACGGGCUACCCGCUGUUUCCCGGUGAGGACGAGGGUGACCAGCUGGCCUGCGUCAUGGAGCUGCUCGGCAUGCCCCCGCAGAAGAUCCUGGAGCAGGCCAAGAGAGCCAAGAACUUCAUCAAUUCCAAGGGUCAGCCUCGCUACUGCGGGGUCAGCACCCUGCCGACCGGCGCCACCGUGCUGACGGGGUCGCGCUCGCGCCGCGGCAAGAUGAGGGGCCCGCCGGGCAGCAAGGAUUGGAGCGUCGCGCUCAAAGGCUGCGAGGACCCCACCUUUACUGACUUCUUGAAGAAGUGUUUGGACUGGGACCCCUCUUCCCGCCUCACGCCUAGCCAGGCCCUCAGACACCCCUGGCUGUACCGCCGGCUUCCCAAGCCCCUCCCCGGGACGGAGAAGAGCCAAGGGGCGCCUGUGAAACGGCUCCCCGAGCACCACAGCACCUCCUUCCCCUCCAUCAUGACGAAGGGCGGACAGGGCCUGGGCACAACGGCUCCCGGCAACAAACUCAAGAGCAACAUGAUUGGAGAUUCAGGGGAGACCAUCCCUCUUCGCACAGUCCUACCUAAACUUGUCUCCUAAUAAAAAAAAAAAACAGUGAGAGAGAAUCCUCUGCUCGUUCCACCCACUCCUCAGGAGGAGUCCACACACGGAGGACGUGGUUUUAAAACUUGUUUGGUUGUUCUUCUAUUUGUUUUUUUUUUUCUACUGAGGUGUCGACACCCCAGUUCCUGGUUUUAAUAAUAGAAAAACAAAAAAAAAAAAAUUUUGGCAAAAAACGAAAAAAAAAAAAAAAAAACAACAAACUAUCACACAGAGGUUUUUAUACAGAGGAUUUCCUUUAAUGGCUGUGAAUUUUUCAGUUUACAGCCUGUUGAUUUUUAGAUGAUGCUUUUUGGGUGGGGGGGUGGGGGGGGGCCAGAAAUCUUCCUUGUGAGUGGACAGCUUUUUAUUUGUUAAAAAGAAGAUGUUUUUAGACCUCUGCUUGAUCUCUCAUGAGUGUUGUAGUGAAAACGCACUCGAGCACACCUGCACUGUCACUUGGCUCACUUCACACAGGACACCGCCAUUUUGAAUUCUCUCUUUCCACGUGCAAAACUUGAAAAGGGCUGUAGAGAUUACUCCCAUCAGGUGAGAGCUAGCUGGGAAGAAGGUGCGUGCUAGGCCGACGGAAGUUGACGGCAAAGAGAAAUGCGACACAAAUGCAAAUUUAUGCUCACGACGAUUUUAAGGAGGUAAAACAGGUCUGGCUUUAUUUGUGGGGAAUAAUUACAAAUCGCAGUGCCUUGUAAAAUAUUCACACUGCCUUGACUUUUUUUUUUUUUUUUCACGUUUUGUCAUAUUGCAACCUCCAAACAUCCAAGCUGGGGAUGUGUUUAGCACAGCGGGUUUCUCCCUGACACGUCUGGUUUGGUCCGUGGUCUUCGUGACGCUGUUUGUUCAGCGACGCUCUUUGGAAAACUUCCUCUGAAGUCACAGAACAGGCGCAUUUGUUGGAUUUUUAAUGCGAAAUUAACGGAAACCCAGUCAAAAUGAUCAAACGACCCGACUGCAUCCUUCAAAAGAUUUUUUUUGAGAGGCUUCAGCUAUCAAUUCUGGGGAGCUUCCAUGCUGGAGAGAAGCGUUCCCACACCAUAACGCUGCCACUACCAUGUUUUACAGCAUUAGUAAAGAGGGACGGGGGCAGUCUGACAACUCCAACUGUGUCGCCAUCACAAUCUCUACUUCUGUGCUGGUUUACCAAGGCAAACCAUUCUGCAUAACUUUGUAAACAUAGUGAGGGCAGUUGUGGUGCAGAUUAAAUAAACUUGGGGCAAAUUUUAAGAAUAUUUGAGAAUUUGUGUUACUUUAAUAAAUUGGGUUUCCAUUAUUCUUCACUGUAAAGUGAAGAGUUCCCACACCAUGAUGCUUCCACUACCUUCUAACACCUUAAGCGAUGAUUCCCGGUGAGUUUGUGGUUGUAACGUGUCAGUGUUAAAAAAAAAAAAAGUUCAAAAACGUCUGAAUAGUUUUCCAAGGCACCUUCCUUCCUGUCUUUCCUUUUGCCUUAAGGACACCACCCUGCUGUUUGACAUUAAUGUGUGUGUGCUUUAGCCGAGAGGGCAAGGGGCAACCUAUUUACAGCUUCUCCUAGUUUCACCACACUGGUGGAGG